AGUAGCUUUACCUUUAUAAAAUACGCAUAUAAACAAUCUGACAAAUCUCAAUUUUCACAUAAAAUAUAUAAACAAAGCAAAUUGCGAGUACACAAAAAAAUUCCAUAAAAAAAAGAAAAAACAACUUUUUCAAAUAUGAAUCCCAACAUGAAUAUGCAUGCUAUGCCACAGCAACAGAUGGGUGGUGUUGGUAAUAUUCCUGGUGCCGUUGGACCACCAAAUCCCAUGAUGCAACAGGGUGUAUCACCAUUGAUGCAGUCAUCGCCACAGCAAGCAGCAGUGGGACAACAAAUGGUACCACAACAGCAACAAAUGCCGCAGAAUCCUCAAGGACAACAGCAGCAGCAACAACAACAACAGCAUCCACAACAACCGGAAAAAAUUGAUAAUAUAUCCAAGGUGAAGAGUCUUUUUAUGCCCAUGAGAGAGUCACUGUUAUUGACGUUUCGUGGUGCAGCUUUUACACUACAGCAAAAUAAUAUGGCAGAUAAUUUAAAAAGGGACGCCGUCAUGAAUUCGGCACGUUUCGAUAAACAUUUAGAGGAAUUCUAUACGUAUUGUGAUCAAAUUGAGUUGCACUUAAAGACAGCCAUGCAAUGCAUGCAGCAAUUGUCCUCGGCACAGCAUUAUUUGCCCGGAGCCGUAACUGCCCUGAGAACUGAACCCUACAUGCAGGAUAAUCCUGCUGGUCCCAUGCCAUAUCCUACUUUCUUGAAUACGGUACGAGUUCACAUACAAUCGACCAAAGAUCUGCGUGAUACUUUGAUUAGUGCUUCGCAAAAUAUAUCGCAAGCCGAUUGAUGACAAUUAAACAUGGAUUGAGCUUCUUGGAAUAUGAUAGAUAAAAAAAGGAUAACAAUUCAUGGUGUUUAUUUAAUAAGAAUAUAAAAUAUUUAUGUGUAACAGUUAAAAAAAAAUAAAUAAUAAAAUGAAAAAAAUGUCUAGUAA